CUUUUCAGGCGGUCGGCAAAGUCUCGGCUCGAUGGCUCAUUCAGAAUGCAUCAGCACCCACAUUCCAGCAGGUGCACUGGGAAAGCCGGUUCUGGAGACACAAAGCCGCAUGUGGGUGGAUGACAUCCAGGCAGAGUGCAAGCUCUUGGCCUACGCCACCCCAGAUCCAAAAGUUGAGAUCAUUGCAGUGGUGAAGGGCGAAGUUGAUGGUCAAGAUGGUGUUCCCACUCGAGUGCACUCCGAGUGCUUCACGGGAGAUGUGCUUGGGUCAAAGCGCUGUGACUGUGGCCAGCAGCUUCACAAGUUUAUGCGAAUCAUGAACGAAGCGAAUUGCGCGGUCCUUCUCUACGUCAAGGGCCAGGAAGGGCGCGGCAUCGGACUUUUUGCGAAGAUCCGCGCCUAUCAUUUGCAAGAUGAAGGUCACGACACCGUGGAUGCCAACCUCAAACUUGGACUUCCGGUCGACAUUCGGACUUAUGGAGAUGCUUUGUUCGUUUUGAAGGACCUGGGGGUGAGAAACAUCCACCUCUACACUAACAAUCCGGACAAGAUGACGGCGCUACACUCCAUGACCAAGGAGGUUGUCGCCAUCCCCUCCGUGCCUUGCGAGCAGAGCAUGGCCUACCUAAAGACGAAGAAAGAGAGGCUUCAUCACCGGACGGUGCUUGAGACGUUUAAACUCCCAGAGCCGAGCCUGGAGCCUUCAAACCUCCGCAUUGGCAUCGUGUAUGCCAUGUGGAACCAGUACUUUGUGGACGAGCUGCGAAAUGCCGCGGAGACAGAGCUUCAACGUUCUGGCUCACAGAUCCUGAAGAUGGCGGUUCCAGGAGCUCUGGAGCUGGUCAGUGGCGCGAGAAUAACUCUGAGACACCACAAGCCAGAUGCCAUCAUUGUCAUUGGAGUCCUGAUAAAGGGGUCCAGCGACAUUUACGAGCGGUCGUGCAAUGCAGU